AUGUUCAUCUCAAGCUUCUAUCGGGUCUUUCGAUUGGUCUUCAUCGUGGUUCCAUUGAUAGGCAAUUAUGCCGCGGCUCAAUGUCCUGACUAUGCCAUUUACUCCCAAACCACUCACGAUCCAUUGAGUACAGGGAAUUUAAAGCUUCCAUACAUGCGACCUGAUCCUGCAUGCCGAAAAUUUAAUUCGUCGCAGGUAGAAGACACCAUAGUUCGCAUGAAGAGCGUCAUCAAAGAUCCAGAUCUCUAUCGCCUCUUUGAGAACACUUUUCCUAAUUCCCUGGACACAGCUGUCAAAUGGAGAGGCUUCGCGGCAAACAAUGAUAAGGAGGAAUUAACAUUUCUGAUUACGGGUGAUAUAAAUGCAAUGUGGCUCCGAGAUUCGGCCAACCAGAUGCAAAGUUAUAUGUCUCUCCUCAAAGCAGAUGGUGGGCCUAACUCUCUCGCAAGUCUUUUUCGUGGCGUCAUAAAUCUCCAGGCCCGGUACAUAAUAGCUGCGCCCUUUUGCAAUUCAUUCCAACCGCCUGCAGAAUCGGGCCUGACCCAGACUCGUAAUCAGGAUCGUCCAGAUGAAGUGACCCCUAAGCCUCAUGAUAUCGUUUUUGAGUGUAAGUAUGAACUCGACUCUCUUGCGGCUUUUCUCGAAAUUUCCUCCAGCUACUAUGAGGCUACUGGGGAUAUUCAAUUCUUUCGAGACUUUCAGUGGGUGAGUGCUGUCAACACCAUCAUGUCUACGACCGAGAUGCUGCUGGGAGGCACAUAUUCUGCCAAUGGUUCGAUAAAUAUGAGCCCCUAUACAUGGCAGCGUUUUACAAAGAGUGCGACAGAGACACAGUCAAACUCUGGACGCGGGAAUCCAGUACAAGGGAAUACUGGAUUAAUACGCUCGGCUUUUCGUCCCGGUGAUGAUGCAACUACUUUUCAACUAUUCAUUCCUGCAAAUAUGAUGUUCGCCAGUUACUUGGAAUCAGCAUCCAACAUCAUGGCUGCCCAUGGCGCGCAGGAACAACUUUCGACGCGAAUGAGUGAUUUUUCUCGUCGUAUUCGCGACGCAAUUAGCAAGCAUGGAAUCGUUAACGAUGCAAAGUACGGCGAUAUAUAUGCGUAUGAAGUCGAUGGCUUUGGUAGCGCGAACUUGAUGGACGAUGCGAAUAUUCCUUCACUCCUCAGCGCGCCCUUUAUUCGCUACAUUAAGAAUGACGAUCCCGUCUAUCAGAACACGCGCCGGUUCAUUCUGAGUUCGGACAAUCCCUACUUCAUGCGAGGCCCCGUUCUAAAUGCUGUGGGCGGGCCUCACGCCGGUCUAGGCAUGGCUUGGCCUAUGGCUGCUAUUAUGCGCAUCUUUACGACUGACGAUGAAGCUGAAAUCAUUGAUGCUUUGAGAGAGCUUGUAACCAGUACCGCAGGACUUGGUCUCAUUCACGAGAGUGUCAAUUCAUUUGACCAAAAAAUGUGGACAAGACAAUGGUUUAGUUGGGCGAAUGGGCUGUUUGGUCAAUGUGUGCUAGAUGUCGAAACGAGACAUGCGACGGUUUUGGCUCAGACUUAUCAGUGA